AUGAAUCUAGCGUAUCUUGAUGACAAGGAUGAAUGUAAUGAUAUCUCUAUUGGUAUCGAUAUCUCGGAGGAUUACACUCAGACAAACAAUGUCUCUGAUGAUUCACUCAUUAAAAUGAGAGCACAGUGGACUGAAGAAUUAAAGCAAGUCGAAGAUGAAAUUCAAACUUUGCGACAAGUUUUAUUAUCUAAAUUUCGUCGGCAGCAGUUUUUAAAGCGUCAGCUUGGGAUAACACCAAUUGAGGAAUUAAAGAGUGAAGUUAAACAAGGUUUAGAUACUUUACGAACCAGUGAUGCAUAUUUGAAAACAUCAGCCGUUGUAAAAACUGCUAAGGAUAAAACAUCAGCUGUAUUCAUUGAGAAAUGGAAUUUAUUACGACAAACUAGUACAUACAAAUCUUUGGAGAACAAAGUGGGUUCAGCGUGUUACAAUGUUUACGGUAAAUUAACACGUCCUAAAACAUUAUCAAGUGGUACUGAACAAAUUAGUCAUUCUGAAAACACUACGACUACUACUACUACUACUUUCGGAGCAGCAGAUAUCACAAAGAAAUCAUGUAAUUUAGGAACAAAUAAUAAUUCAGUUCCUCAAUCUGUAUCAGUUAUAUCAUCAUCAUCAUUGUCGUCGUCGUCAUCGUUCAAUCCCAAUAAUUCGAAAAGCAAUAAUUACGAUGAGGAUAAUAUAGAAAUAAAUGGAGAUGAUUCCAUUGAUUUCGAUAAAUUACUUAAUGAUGAUAUGUUAUUACAUUCAAAUAGAAUAGAUAAUAAGAAAUAA